AUGUCGGUAUUCCAAGGCUGUGUUCCAACAUUGUUUUGCAUGCAGUUACUAACAACCAGCCGCUGUUAUACCACGGGCGAUCUCGUGCGACAACAUCACAACGGGAGCUUCACUUUUGUGGGACGCAAAGACUCCCAGAUAAAGCUCCGUGGCCAGCUCAUUGAGUUCGGUGAGAUCGAAGGUCAGAUUACAGCUGCAUUGUCUUCCAAAAGCGUGGCUUGGACAAUUGCCGUGGAGGUCAUUCACCCUCCUGGAUCCUCCGAAGCCCUCGCAGUAUUCUACUGGCCAAUGACCCGGUCGACCAUCGCCAAUACCACUUCAACAGAAGCUAUUCCAGAUGCUCCGCCGCAGGUCAGAGACCACACGGACGGGCAACUCGAUCGACGUGCAUUGCGUGGUCUCGGGUCAAAUCUGUCCAUAGCGCAAACCACAGCAUUUUCGGCCACGGGGUGCAUCGCCGUUGCGAAAGUCACGCCUGAGACGGAGAUGUUUUAA